AUGGGUCAGACCAUAACCAAAGAGGCUCCCACGGAGUUUCUCCCGCCAGUCCAAACCCGCGUCUGGACGGUAUACGACUUGAAGAAUUUCAUGACCAGCACUUUUCCUCUCGCCUUAGCCUCAUGCGUAGCUGAAGCAGCCCCGAUCGUACACCGUUGUCUCCUGCGGCUGGGGUCGUUCCCAUAUCACAAUGAUCCACACCAUAUUCUGUCGCUGGAUGUGCUACGCACAGGCCUGAUCAUUCUACUCAGACUGGAUAGAAGCAAGCUUCUGGAUCAGGAUAAUGACGAGGCGUCAAUCGUGUACCCUGAUCGUCUUAGCACGAAACAACGAAUCCUGUUGUUCCAGAGCAUGGCAGACCAGCAAGGGACCCCUGCCGGAUCAUCUCCAGGCCUGGGAGACGAUUAUCACCUUCAGAAAGCUCUUGAGAUUAUCACAUAUGGCAAUUUCAGGCGCAAUGUGCGGUUCCCGACCGCAGUGACCUUAGGACCUAAAUAUCCCCCCGCCGAACAUUUUCCUUCCUCAAGCUCCACAUUGACGAGUGGAUCAAUUCCAGCAGAGGAUUUUAGGUCCUUGCUUCGGUUGAUGCUCCUUACUCAGUUGUAUGUGGCCGGUAUUGACCCAGAUAAUUUUACUUCCUUUCUAUCGGAGAUUGAAGCAGCGACAGACUCCCUAUUGGCGGCAUUCUUAAAUGGUGGAGAGUCAUCAACCGCAGUGUCUUUUACAGCCUUUGACAACACCCUCGGCAAGUCAAUGCAAAACGCCUUUCUGGGUCUCCCUCGAAUCCUCGGGCCCUUACACUCGGCCAAAACUUUCCCGUCCGCGACUCACCCAUCAUCGGUCACUGAAGCACAGAAAGUAUUGAAAGAAUUGUUUACGCCGUCAGUCAAAACACUGCCUCCUCCUAAGGGACUAAUUAUGAGUCUCCCUCUCCUGAGUCAGCUUUCAAUGAGCUUACCCCAAGACUUCCCCAUCGAAGCACCAGAAACCCUUCACUCUUCUCUGGGGGUAGAUGUGAAGUGUGUGAAAUCUUGCCUGUCCGUAACUAGGAUAGCCAGGAUCCUACUCAUUUCUGGAAAGGCGGGUCAAGGGGCUGCCAUAUUCGGCGCAUACUUCCCCAAAGAUUUCUCACCUGCCAUUUUGAAUAGGCCGAGCGUCAUAUUUCAACUGGCACCAGUUCAUCGAACGUUUCAUGAUGCUGGAGAGAUGGAGUCGUCCAAGGAAACCGAUUUUGAAGACAGCGCGCAUUUGACACUUGCCCUUUCGGAUAUGACUCUCGUGUUGAGUGGGGAAUCGGCAACAGGCAGUUGUAUUGCGCAGCUCAGCGAUGGUACCGGCCAAGAGUUCGCUGUUGAUGCUGUAGAGGUUCUGAGCUUUGAGGGAUGCUUGGUCUGCGUUGAUACCUUUAAAUAG